UCCAAUAAGAAGCGAGAUCAAUGUGUCCCCAAAAAUAUAAGCUUCUUAUCCUAUCAAGAAUUGUUGGGACUCAUCCUGGCUCUCUUUGCCAUUGCUUUGUCCCUAACCACCGCCUUUAUUCUGGGAAUCUUCAUGAAAUACCGAGACACUCCCAUAGUCAAAGCCAACAACUGUGAACUCACCUACAUCCUCCUGGUUUCACUCCUGCUUUCUUUCUUGACUUCCCUUCUAUUCAUCGGUCGCCCCGUGAAAAUGACCUGUCUCCUUCGACAAACCAUUUUCAGUAUUGUUUUCUCAGUUGCUGUGUCUUCCUUGCUGGCCAAGACUGUCAUGGUGGUGGUGGCCUUUCUGGCCACAAAGCCAGGCAGCAGCAUGAGGAAAUGGCUGGGGAAGUGUCUGGCCAACUCUAUUGUUUUAUCCUGCUCUGGUAUUCAAGUAGGCCUCUGUAUGAUGUGGCUGGGAGUCUUUCCCCCAUUCCCAGAUUCUGACUUUCAUUCCCAACCAGAACACAUCCUGCUGCAGUGCAAUGAAGGCUCUGUCACCAUGUUCUACUCUGCUCUUGGCUACAUGGGUUUUUUGGCUGCCAUCUGUUUCUUGGUGGCAUUUCUGGCUCGAAACCUUCCAGGGGCUUUUAAUGAAGCCAAACUGAUCACCUUCAGCAUGUUGGUUUUUUGUAGUGUUUGGAUCUCCUUUGUUCCCACAUAUCUGAGCACCAAGGGGAAAUGUACACUGAUGAAAUGUCCAUUUAAGGUGGUCAUAGAAGAAAAGGAGUGGUUCCAUUACUACAAGCCAGGAGACUACUGGAUUAUGGGAAUAAUGUCUGGAAUUGUAGCUCGAUUGUACCAAUUUUCAUUCUCCAAGCCUCCAACCCGCCAACUGGAAAGUGAGAACAACUUCUACCACAUUCUACCCUUCUUGUUGGCUGUUCAUGAAGUCAACCAGAAUUCAAGGCUCUUACCCAACAUCACCCUGGGCUACAACAUCUAUGAGAAUUUUUUCAGUGCAAGAAUGACAUAUGAGGCCAUGCUGGAUGUGCUGUCUACAGGACAGGAGAACAUCCCAAACUACAGAUGUGGAAAAGAAAAGAACCUGCUGGCGAUUCUUGAAGAGAUGGAUUCUGAACUCUUUGAUCAUAUUUCCAAUGUCUUGAGCAUCUAUAAAUUUCCACAGAUCAACUACAGUGUCAUCAACCAGAUGGCUGAGCAAAAUUAUCGUUUUCCUUUUUCAUAUCGGAUGACCCCAAACCAAGAACCUCCUGACUCAGCAAUCAUCCAGCUGCUCCUGCAGUUCCAAUGGACGUGGAUCGGUGUCCUUUCUCGGGACAAUGAAAGAGGAGAAAAAUUCAAAAGACGCUUGGAAGUUCUAGCUCUAAAAAAUGGGAUUUGCAUUGUCCUCUCAGGAACCGUCCCAGAAGGAAAUAUGCAGAAAAUGCUGCCUCUUCCUCCCAACGGAGUAAGAGGAGAAUGCAAGUUGGAGACCAUCAACCACCGCAGAUUGUACAGCCAUGGCAGAUGGUGCCUUAUUCAAGAUGUACAGAAAGUUGCUCCCCAGGUUAUGCCAAGCUUGUGA